AUGUAUCAAUAAUUACAAAAAGAAGAGUUAGUGGAAUUUCGAAAUUAUAUUCGAGAAAUAUAAUAAGCAAAACUAAAUCAAACUGCAGAGAAAACUCCAAAAAGAAACAAUGCUUAAAAAUAAUUGGAAUUUAUUCUUAAAAGCACAUAAUUACGAUAGACAAUUUAAAAGCCUGCAAUUACUUAAUAAAUGUAGAGGUUAAAUUAUGAGCAAUCUUACAUUCCAAGAUCUUCAUCUUAACCCUUUGUAUAUUUUGAUUCAAAUUGUUGGAAAGAAACACCAAAUUCAUUUACUAAAUAAUAAACAGCUUAUGUGAGUGUAUCAGAAAUGUUGAGAAUUACGAAUGGAUUUAAUUAGAUGAAUAAAAAUGAAAUAAAUGCUUUGAAUUCUAAGUAUUAUAAUUUAUAAUUAGUUAUUUGCAUUGCUUACAUGAGUUAGAUUUGACAUUAACAACAUUAUUAAAAAGAAUUGAUUGA